GUGUUCGCUUGCUGUUUUUCACUGGUAAUUAGAUUUUGGAGUCUCGCGGACAGAUUUAUUAAUUACGUUGAAUCAGUCAACAGUAAUGUCUUCUCAGUUUUUGUUACGUAUACAAUCACCUAAUCAUGGCACCAAGAGAGUUAAUGCCAGCCCCAAUUUGUCUUUACAAAGUUUAUUCCAGCAGAUUGAUGCAGAAUUCAAUUUGUAUGGAACUAAAUGGAAUUUGUGGCUAGAUCGUAAAAAGACAAAUCAAGUUUUUGGUUCUAAGAAUAAAAAUUCAAUUAGUGCAUUUAACAUCAAACAUGGUGAUAUGCUGUACUUGGAAAUUUUGCCUGAUAAUGAUAAACAAAGCAAUGGAACAAAUAAUUCGCAAAUAAAUGGCUUGGUAAUUGAAGAUGAAAUUGAUCAGAUGUUGUGGAAACUGGAUGGAAAGAUCUAUAGACAAAAAAAUGAGCAGCUCUGUCGACAUGGAGCUCAAGGCAAAUGUUUACAUUGUGUACCUUUAGAGCCCUAUGAUGAAGAGUACCUUCAAACCUUGGUUCCUCCUAUCAAGUUUUUGUCUUUUCAUUCCUAUCUGAGGAAGCUUGUUGGCGGAGUAGACAAAGGUAAAUUCGCUAUGUUGGAAAAUGCCAGUUGUAAGAUAAAACCCGGAUGUAAAGAGCAUCUGCCAUGGCCUGGAGGAAUCUGUACAAAAUGUCAGCCUAAUGCAGUCACUCUUCAAAGACAGAAAUACAGACAUGUAGAUUUCAUUCAGUUUGAAAAUCCUAAAAUUGUGGAUAAGUUUUUGGAUUUCUGGCGUGAGUCUGGAAAGCAGAGGAUUGGACAUUUGUAUGGGAAGUAUGAACAUCAUAAAGCAAUGCCCCUAGGUAUAAAAGCUGUUGUUUCCGCCAUCUAUGAACCUCCACAGAUUGGGACGAAAACGAGCGUGGAAUUGCUAGAAGAUAUGAAUAACAACAUUGUGGAGGAAAUUGCUAUGAAACUUGGACUGAGAAAAGUGGGCUGGAUAUUUACUGACCUCGUGCCUCUUGAUAUUUCAACUGGUUCUGUCAAACACCUGCGUGGACAUGUGGACAGUCAUUUUUUGAGUGCAGAGGAGUGCAUAAUGGCAGCAGAUUAUCAGAACAGCUACCUCAACCCCUGCAGGCUUGCGUCAGAUGGAUACUUUGGCUCCAAAUUCGUCACCGUAGUUGUUGCAGGUGAUUCAACAAAUCAGAUCCAUUUUGACGGCUAUCAAGUAUCAGAUCAGUGCAUGGCUCUAGUCAAAGAUGACUGUCUUGUUCCCACACUCGACGCCCCUGAACUGGGCUACAUAAAAGAAUCAACGAAUGAACAAUAUGUUCCCGAUGUCUUCUACAAAGAAACAGACAAGUAUGGUAAUGAGGUGACCAGGUUAGCAAGACCACUUCCUGUUGAAUACCUCUUGCUAGACAUUGCUGUAGCCUUUCCAAAAGAACAAGCCUUCUCCUUUUACGCGUGUAAUGGUCUCAAUUCAUUUCCUAUUGAAAACAGGCCACACUCUCAAAACCAGACCUUUGAAGCGUUCCAUCAGUAUAUGCAACAAUUUCCAAUUUCCAACUACAUGAAUGCAUUCAAAGAUUUCCAUUUACUCAUCUACAUGGCGACCUGUGAUGUUCUGCCUCUUAAAGACUCAAUGUCAGAUUUGUUGCAAGCCUUGAAGACUAACGAUGAUCAACUCUUACAAAAUUGGAUCAAGUCUGAAGCAUGGGCAACUGUACAACAUAUUAUGGAAGCACAAUCAGCCAAUCCGCCAAGUAACAGUCCAUUGGAAUUUCCAUCUGCGUCUUCAGCCUCAGGAUCUGCCGAAUCAGCCUGGAGUUGCGCUCACUGCACCUACCUUAACCCACAGAUCAAUCAAUCAUGUGAAAUGUGCAACUUGCCUCGAAGCUAACUUGGCAUUGUUUCUUGUAACUAAUUGUUUGGUUUUAAAACCUUUAUUUAUUAUAAGAUUCUUGUAAUUCAUUAAAUGUUUUGCAUUUUUUUCUUGUUAAUGUCCAUUGUUUAAUAGUAACAACAAUAAAUUUGGGCUUAUUUGUUGGCGUGUAUGUGUAUGUAAAUAAAAAUACGACUGUC